AUGGCGGGAAAAAUGACACUGUAUAAACUGGUGGUGUUGGGCGACGGAGGUGUCGGCAAAACAGCACUGACCAUCCAGCUUUGUUUAAACCAUUUCGUGGAAACUUACGAUCCCACCAUCGAAGACUCCUACCGGAAACAAGUCGUCAUCGACCAGCAGUCAUGCAUGCUCGAGGUCUUGGACACGGCCGGCCAAGAGGAGUAUACGGCCCUGCGAGACCAAUGGAUCCGGGACGGCGAGGGCUUUGUGCUUGUUUAUAGUAUUACGUCUCGCGCCUCGUUCAGUCGCAUUACCAAGUUCUACAACCAGAUCCAAAUGGUCAAGGAGUCGGCCAACUCGGGCUCUCCCACCGGCGGCAGCUAUCUCGGAUCGCCCCUGGCGACUUCUGGUGGAUCUGGCCCCGUGCCCGUGAUGCUUGUUGGCAACAAAAGCGACAAGGCCGUGGAGCGUGCUGUCUCGGCCCAAGAAGGAUCCGCGCUCGCCAAAGAACUGGGCUGCGAAUUCGUCGAGGCAUCCGCCAAGAGCUGCAUCAACGUCGAAAAGGCAUUUUACGACGUGGUGCGACUGCUGCGCCAACAACGACAGCAACAGCAAGGCGGCCGUAUACAGGAGCGAAGAACGACCGGAUUCGCCGGUCAACACCGUGACCGGGAUGCAAACCCGGAGUAUCCGAAGGCCUUUCGCCCUGAUCGUGCCCGUCCACACCGAAAAUGUUUCAUUCUGUGA